CCGCCUCCGCCGGUCGUUGGGGUACGCGCGCGCCGCUGCGGCUUUUUCUCGGGCCUCUCCGGCGCGCCUCUGCUCGUCCCAGCGCUAGCGGACGCACGGCUCCUUUCCGCCAGUUUCUCGAAGGCCAGGCUCCCGCCAGCCGAGGACGCGGUGGGCAACGCCUCCGAUUGAAAUUGUGAAAGAUAUUUGUGUUCUUCUUAAGAGAAGAGGAAAUCUGUGUACUUUAUUGUCGGCUUCCAAAGAUUACUAACUUUUAUCUGUAUCAUUAAAAUUGAACUGCCUUGGCUAUACUACUACUCUUGCUGCUGCUUCCAUUAUUGCCUUCUUCAGCACAAUAAGGCUUUUCAAAGCCAAAGAAUAACAAGAAAUAAACAGCAUUUUAGAAGCCUUGCCACUAUGAAACUUAAGCUAAAUGUGCCCACCAUUAUUUUGCUGCCUGUCCACUUGUUAAUAACAAUAUACAGUGCCCUUAUAUUUAUUCCAUGGUAUUUUCUUACCAAUGCCAAGAAGAAAAACGCUAUGGCAAAGAGAAUAAAAGCUAAACCCACUUCAGACAAACCUGGAAGUCCAUAUCGCUCUGUCACGCACUUCGACUCACUAGCUGUCAUAGACAUCCCCGGAGCAGACACUCUCGAUAAGCUAUUUGAUCAUGCCGUAUCCACGUUUGGGAAGAAGGACAGCCUUGGGACCAGGGAGAUCCUAAGUGAAGAAAAUGAAAUGCAGCCAAAUGGAAAGGUUUUUAAGAAGUUAAUUCUUGGGAAUUAUAAAUGGAUGAACUACCUUGAAGUGAACCUCCGAGUGAAUAACUUUGGUAGUGGACUCACUGCAUUGGGAUUAAAACCAAAGAACACUAUUGCCAUUUUCUGUGAGACCAGGGCCGAAUGGAUGAUCGCAGCACAGACCUGCUUUAAGUACAACUUUCCUCUUGUGACUUUAUAUGCCACACUUGGCAGGGAAGCUGUAGUUCAUGGGUUAAAUGAGUCUGAGGCUGCCUAUCUGAUUACUAGUGUUGAACUUCUGGAAAGUAAACUUAAGACUGCGUUGUUAGAUAUCAGUUGUGUUAAACAUAUCAUUUAUGUGGACAAUAAGGCUAUCAAUAAAACAGAAUACCCUGAAGGAUUUGAGAUUCACAGCAUGCAAUCAGUAGAAGAGUUGGGAUCCAAGCCAGAAAACUUAAGCAUUCCUCCAAAUAGACCAGCUCCUUCGGACAUGGCUAUCGUCAUGUAUACCAGUGGUUCUACUGGCCGACCUAAGGGAGUGAUGAUGCAUCAUAGCAAUUUGAUAGCUGGAAUGGCAGGCCAGUGUGAGAGAAUUCCUGGUCUGGGACCAAAGGACACGUAUAUUGGCUACCUGCCUUUGGCUCAUGUCCUAGAAUUGACAGCAGAGAUAUCAUGCUUUACCUAUGGCUGUAGAAUCGGAUAUUCUUCUCCACUUACCCUUUCUGACCAGUCCAGCAAAAUUAAAAAAGGAAGUAAAGGAGACUGUAGUGUACUGAAGCCUACGCUCAUGGCAGCUGUUCCGGAAAUCAUGGAUCGAAUUUAUAAGAAUGUUAUGAGCAAAGUCCAAGAGAUGAAUUAUAUUCAGAAAACUCUAUUCAAGAUAGGGUAUGAUUACAAAUUGGAACAGAUCAAAAAGGGAUAUGAUGCCCCGCUUUGCAAUCUGAUACUAUUUAAAAAGGUGAAAGCUCUGCUAGGAGGGAAUGUCCGUAUGAUGCUUUCUGGUGGAGCACCGUUGUCACCUCAGACACACCGAUUCAUGAAUGUCUGCUUCUGUUGCCCAGUUGGUCAGGGUUAUGGAUUGACAGAAUCGUGUGGUGCUGGGACAGUUACUGAAGUUACUGACUAUACUACUGGCAGAGUUGGAGCCCCUCUCAUUUGCUGUGAAAUUAAGCUAAAAGACUGGCAGGAAGGCGGUUAUACAAUUCAUGACAAACCAAACCCCAGAGGUGAAAUCGUUAUUGGUGGACAGAAUAUCUCCAUGGGAUAUUUUAAAAAUGAAGAGAAAACGGCAGAGGAUUAUUCUGUGGAUGAAAAUGGCCAAAGGUGGUUUUGUACUGGUGAUAUUGGAGAAUUCCAUCCUGAUGGGUGUUUACAGAUUAUUGAUCGUAAGAAAGAUCUGGUAAAGUUACAAGCAGGAGAGUAUGUAUCUCUUGGGAAAGUGGAAGCUGCAUUGAAGAACUGUCCACUUAUUGACAACAUCUGUGCUUUUGCCAAAAGUGAUCAGUCCUAUGUGAUUAGUUUUGUGGUUCCUAAUCAGAAAAGGUUGACACUUUUGGCACAACAGAAAGGAGUGGAGGGAACUUGGGUUGAUAUCUGCAAUAACCCUGCCAUGGAAGCUGAAAUACUGAAAGAAAUUAGAGAAGCUGCAAAUGCCAUGAAGUUGGAGCAUUUUGAAAUUCCAAUCAAGGUUCGCUUAAGCCCGGAGCCAUGGACCCCUGAAACUGGUUUAGUCACUGAUGCUUUCAAACUGAAAAGGAAGGAACUGAAGAACCAUUACCUCAAAGAUAUCGAGCGAAUGUAUGGGGGCAAAUAAAAUGCUGCUCUCUUUACAAUUGUGCAGGAGUGGCCUGGUGGUUUUUCAGUUCUAGAGUUUUAAGCUUUGUUGGAAUGUAAAGUAUAUCAUUCUAAAGACAUGAUGUAAUAAAAAAACACCAAAAGUGAUUAAAAUAAUUGUUGAGUCAACUUUAACUUAGUUUUGCAUAGUUCUAGUGAAGCUGAAAUUGAAAAAUUGUUUCCCUUUAGCUGUGUUAUUAAUUUUAGAGUAAAAAUUCUGUUUUUAAAAAUUAGCCUAAGACACUUGUUUUUAUGAGAAAACUAUUUAAUGUUGAACAAAAUAAAUUGGAGUUGGAGUAGAAUGUAGUUUGAGGAAAUUUGCAGCUUCCAAUGUUUAUUGUCUUCCUAGUUCAGGAGAAGCUUAAAAAUAUUAAGCAUGACAAAAAAAUAUGUAUUAACACUACUCAAAGCAGAAGUGCUACAGGCCUUUUAAAUUCUCUUCCAACCAUUUAUCCUGAAUGGGAAAUUCAGUCAUAAUAUAACAUCGAAAAUCAACACCUUGGAAACCAUUUUAGGAUUUAUAAUUGUUGCAUAGGUUAGACAUAGAAUUAUUGUAUAUUGUGAAUAAUUACAGUGCCUGAAGAAUAAAACAACAUAAACACACCAAAAAUACCUAGUAAUGUAUUUAAAAGGAAAUUGAACUGUUUUUUUUUGAAACUUGGAGGUCUAAAAUCAGUAACUGUAAUUAUUUGAAUGACUUAAGAGUACUUAAGUAUAUUUGAAAAAAUGUUGAAAAUCGCCUUUCUUUGUUUGUUCAAAAUAGAAGACUGAGACCAAGAGUAAAAUGAUAGGUAGUUAAUCAAAUUUUAAUAGGAAGCAUUUUGUCUGUUAGAAAAGAUGAAAUUAUAAGUGCUUACAGUUAUGACUCUUGCAUAGCACUGAACCUGAGAAAGGAUUUAGACUCUGAAUUUAUCUUUGAUAACAGGGACUUAUUUUAAAAUGUGUUCAUAUUAAAUUACACUUGUAGUAUAAGGUCUGUUUGCAGUUCUCACUGGAUUCUUGAGCAAUAGUUUGUACUUCAGAAAGCCUUUCAUUUUGCUUUAAUUUUAUCAAAGCGGGUUAUGACUUCCCCAAUAUCUUAUUUGAAUCUAUGAAUAAUUAAUUAACUUGCAUAAGUUUGGGGAUGUUAAAGGGAAGAACACACUGUUACCACUUUUUUCCUGUUUGUGAAAAGAGUUUAGAAACUGGAAAAUGCUGGAUUCGGGAGAAGGGAAGUUACUCAGUAAGGGACUGAUAUUUAUACAGUAACUAGGCGUGUGGGCUUCUUUUUGAAUUUUAAUUAAAAUCAGGGAUUAUAUACCCCUGAUAGAUAUUCACACUUGAACCAUAGUUACUGUAAACAGCAAAAAUUCCUAAUACUGUUACUCUUUGCACUUUUUUCUUAAUCAUUUUAUAUAUAUACAUACAUACUUAGAUGUGUAUAUAUAUAUAUAUGUUGCUUAUAUUGCUUUGUACAGAUGUGGGCCACCACUGCAACAAAAUACAUUCUUUUUGCUCUAAAAUAUUUAUAAGGAAAAUAUUUAAAUGUUAUGUAUAUGGUGGUAAAAAGGAAAAAAUCAUCUGGUGUUAUAAGCAAGAAUGAAGGUUUUUGUAAAGAUUUCUGUUCAGUGUUCUGCAUUGUAAAAUUUGAGGCAAGUUCUCCCUGUAGUUAUGUAUAUGUGAGUAUUCUCAUUCUUCCCAACUUGCCUUUGAGGAGUGACGAACCAUCAUUAUCGAGUAGACUACUACUCAGCUUCUACUGUUCCUGGCCCACUGUUGGUCCUUUAAAGAUGGUUUCCUUAGACUUUUUCAAUAUGUGACUUUCCCCCCCCAUUUGGAAUGGUGAUUUUAAAUGUGCAAGUGCAUGCAUAUUCAGAUAUUUGCACCCCCACCCACUUCCAUCUCCCGAAAGCUAGAACACUGCCAACUAAUCUGUUGUAUAGGUCCUUUAGAGACACGUAAUUAACACUUAAGGUCGGGUGCUGCUAAUUCUUUGCGAAAAUCCAAAUAUUGUUAAGGGACCAGGGAGAUGCCACUACCCCCUGAUUUUUCAUUAGGAAAUAUACAUAUUUAUGUAAACAGAUCUUUCCAUAUUCAUAGUGACUUUUCAAGUACUUGAGUCUAAAGAUUUUGAUCCUACAUUUCUAUACGUGUUUAAAUCAUUCACUGUUCCUACAUGUCAGCCAUUCAAAUAAAGUGUACUUUAAAAAUUUACUACAGUUAUGUGCAUUUCUAAGUCAAACACUUGUGAACUUUGCUGUAAUUUCUUGAAAGUAUCUUGCCUCCUUGAUAUUUGUAUUGAUUCUUUUUUUUUCUAGAGUGGAGAUAUAAUUGUAUGGUUUUUCAGAACUGAGAUACGGGUGAAUGAUUUUAAAAGUCAGAAGUUAAGGAAAGUAAUGUUUCUUUGGUCAUAAAGGCUGAUUAAAAAUCCUCAUCUAUAUUUUCUUGAUAGCAUAGGACAAAUGUUUCUGAGGUAAGAUGAAAACAGGUUAAAGAUUGUGUGGUAUUUGGGAUUUGGAGAGAAAUAUUUUAAUUUUCAAAUGUAGUUACAAAUUAGAAUGAAUUCAUAUUUGUACUUUCUGUUUAAAUGCACGAUUGCAGGAUUGUUACUUAGAUUUUUGUGUUUAUUCUUGAUGAAAAGCUCUGUUCUUGUUUUUAAGUUUGUACUCCAAUCUCAAGAAAUAAAUCCACCCAUGUUAUCAAGCUAA